AUGGCUGGUCACGAUCAUGUACUUGCGGUGGACCCCGCGUUGGUCAAAUAUAGCAAUAUGUCGACCAAUCGCCACAAGUAUUUCCGAUGGACGGGUCGCACGGCCGCUAUUUCGUUUGUCUUUGCAGCGGUCAUUCCGAGUAUCGUUGGGUAUAUGGCUAUCAAGACUGAAGGAAAAUGGGAUAUGAGAGGAAAGCGCAGGGGUGAUACGAUUGCGGAAUUCUAGAUGGCGAUGAAAGGGGGGGAGAAGAGUAUGGGGCAAAGGUCGAAUGUGGGGAGUUGUACAUAUGUGGAGGGAGAUAUCAUGAGAGGCUAUGGAAUAAGAGAGAGCUAUGAAAUUGAGUUUGCAUUCUUCACCAUUGUCGUUUAAUGCAAGGACAUUUGAUAUGGGUAUUGAUUUUACUCGGAUUUUG